UCUUACUCUCGUAGUACAAGUCACUCCCUAAUUCCAAUCCACUCACUUUCCUGUUUUUGAUCUGCCUACUUACUAAAACCUGAAGUAAGAGACAACUGAUGUACAGUUAAUGGAGUCUCGUUCGGUCUCUAUCCACACGGGGUGUCCAGACUCCAUCAUCCAGCGUUUUUCUUAAAAAACAUCAGAGACAUCAGCUGUACAGCUGUUUAGUUAUUUCUUCAUCGCCGAAAAGCCGCGCGUCCCGGGCGCCAGGUGCGGAGAUUUCACCCCCAAACGGACCAAAAUGGCAAAAACACCGACGUUACGGAUUUAUUAUCUCAUCUUACUGUAUUUAAUUUCAGACCAGGUGUAUGGCUCUAAUAUCUGCACAUCUCGGGGAGCCAGCACGUGUCAGCAGUGUUUAGCAGUGCACCAUUCCUGUGCCUGGUGCUUCCAAGAGGAUUUUGGGUUGAAUGGGCCAGGAGCAUCACGUUGUGAUUUAAAGGAGAACCUGCUAAAUGCAGGAUGCACAGCAGAAGAACUGGAGUAUCCCAUCAGCCAGAUGACUGUUACGGAGGACAGACCUCUUAGCGACAAGGCCUCGGGGUCCACCACUGACGUGACACAGAUCCAACCACAGAAACUGCACAUCAGCCUAAGACCUGAUGACUCGCGGACAUUUACGCUGCAGGUGAGGCAGGUCGCAGACUACCCUGUAGAUCUGUACUAUCUGAUGGACUUGUCCUACUCCAUGAAUGAUGACCUGACCCAGCUGAGGAAGCUAGGAAAUGGACUGGCGGAGGAGAUGAGCAAAACCACCAGUAACUUGCGGAUGGGUUUCGGGGCUUUCGUGGAUAAACCGAUCUCACCAUAUAUGUACAUCUCUCCACCAGAAGCUGUGAGGAAUCCAUGUUACUCGAUACCAUACAAAUGCCAGCCCCAGUUUGGCUACCGCCAUGUUCUGUCUUUGACGGAAGAAGUGAACCGCUUCACUGAAGAAGUAAAGAAGCAGAAGGUAUCUCGGAACAGAGAUGCCCCUGAAGGAGGCUUUGAUGCCAUCCUCCAGGCAGCUGUAUGCAAUGAGAAGAUUGGUUGGCGUCCAGGUGCUUCACACCUUCUUGUGUUUACCACAGAUGCCAAGACUCAUGUAGCACUGGAUGGACGCCUGGCUGGCAUCGUGCAGCCUAAUGAUGGCCAGUGUCACAUGGACGCAGACAAUGUAUACGCCAUGUCCACUAUAAUGGACUACCCAUCUCUCGCAUUGAUCACGGAGAAAAUGUCAGAGAACAACAUAAACCUUAUUUUUGCUGUGACCAGCCCAGUACUUUUACUUUAUAAGAAUUACAGUGAUCUGAUACCCGGUACUGUGGUGGGGACGCUGUCUCAGGACUCACGCAAUGUGAUCCAGCUAAUCCAAGAUGCCUAUGCUAAACUUCGAUCCAAGGUUGAGCUUGAGCUCCUGAACGUUCCUGAAGAAUUGAGCUUGUCCUUCAAUGCCACGUGUUUAAACAACGAGUUCAUCCCCGGGCUAAAGUCUUGCUCUGGACUCAAGAGAGGAGACCAAGUUUCUUUCAGCGUUGAGGUACGUGCUAGAGGAUGCCCAAAGGAGAAGACCAAAACUUUCACCAUUAAACCAGUGGGCUUCAAAGACACACUCCAGAUCACUGUUGACUUUGAGUGUGAGUGUAAGUGUCAGGCUCAGGGGCAGCGCAACAGCUCUAUGUGUCACCACGGCAACGGCACCUACGAAUGUGGCAUCUGCUUGUGCCAUGCAGGAAGAUUGGGCCCGAGGUGUGAGUGUGCUGAGGGUGAUUACAGCCUGAGCGAGCAGGAAACAUGCAGCGGCCCUAACAAAGUGAUCUGCAGCGGGCGUGGAGACUGUGUGUGUGGUCAGUGUGUGUGUCACAACAACGAUUUUGGAAAGGUCUGGGGGAAGAGGUGCGACUGUGACGACUUCAGCUGUCUGCGUUAUAAAGGGGAGCUGUGCUCUGGUCAUGGCACGUGCUCGUGCGGUUUCUGCCAAUGUUACCCGGACUGGUCGGGGGAAAACUGCAACUGCUCCACCCGCACAGAUACCUGCAUGUCCAGCCUGGGGUUGCUGUGUAGUGGCCGUGGACAGUGUAUGUGUGGAAGCUGUGAGUGUACUCAGCCUGGGGCAUAUGGCUCUACCUGUGAUAAGUGUCCCACCUGCCCUGACGCCUGCACUAUGAAAAAAGAUUGUGUGGAGUGUAAACAUUUUCAAAGAGGCAGGCUCUUCGAGGACGAAAGCUGUGCCCGAAUUUGCAGAGACGAGAUUAAGCUGGUCGAUGAUCUAGUUUUGCAUGAUAAGAACGCUGUGAACUGCACCUACAAGGACGAGAACGAUUGUGUCCAGAGGUUCCAAUACUAUGAGGAGAACAGUGGAAAGUCCAUUCUGUCUGUAGUGAAAGAGCCAGACUGCCCUAAGGGCCCUGACAUCAUGGUCGUUCUUCUCUUCGUUGCCGGAGCUGUACUAAUUCUAGGUCUCGUCUCCCUACUUAUCUGGAAGCUGCUGGUGACGAUUCACGACCGCCGUGAGUUUGCUAAAUUUGAGGAGGAGCGAGCACGAGCCAAGUGGGAAACGGGUCACAAUCCUCUCUACAAAGGUGCUACUUCUACCUUCAUGAACAUUACCUAUCGAGGAAAGGAGUGAUCAUCACUGGAGCUACUGGAGUGUGUCUUUUUUCGUUGUUUCUUUUACGUUAUGGUCUUCCAGUUGUAGCACUGUUGUUGUCGUUUCUUACAGUAUGUGCAGGAUGUAAAUGUUCUUAUGUGAUGUAAAUAUAAGAGCUAGGUUUAGAGAUAACAAAUCAUCAUGACGCACGUUGAGCCUCUUUAUAAUUAUGAUGAAAUUCUGUGAGAAUGUGGUAACGUUGAUUUUUUUCUACAUGUUGACUGAUUUUGGCUCAUAUGAAGGAUUCCAUAUGCAUAUGUUGAGUAUGGAGUAAAACAAAAUAGUCAGUGAUGGGUGAGCGUAAUGAGGUGGAGUUACUACUGCCAUCAUGAAAAUAGCACAUCUGGAAGUGUUAUUCCUGUUAUUCUACAACAGCAGUUUUUUAAAGUCUUUAAAAUUAUGUUGUACUUUUUACCUGUUUAUAGCUGAAUUUCCUGUUAUCACUUGCAUUAUAGAAAAUUAAGAAAACUUAGGUACAGCUUUACCUCAGCCUGUUACAAAGCACUGACACUGGAGACUCCUUCCAUAAAUAAACAUCUCCUUGCCUUUUGUUCUUCUCUGUCAAUAAUAUAACAUUAUGUUUGUUUGUUUUUUACUUUUAUUAUGAUGCUUCUAUUAUGUAGGGCAUCCUGCAGACAUAUAAAUGAUCCCUAUAAAUGAUUUGUUGUUAAUAUAAAAACAGUUACAUAUUAGAUAGAGUGCAUUAAUAUAAACCUGUGAUUUAUAUUAUCGCCAGAUUACACACGUAAGGCUACGUAGAUUAUUACAUUUGUUGUAGUAAUCAUUUCAAAUUUUCAAAUUUGAGUUUUGUAGGGAAUAAAAGCUUUACUCAUGUUUUAAGCUUUCUAUUAAACAGUAAAUCUUUUUCAUAUUUAUUUUUGCUUAUUUUUAUGAAGAAUAACAAUAAUUCUAGUGAAAGACAUGAAAGCUGUGAACCCCACCCUGUUAAUUCUAAAAAGCUUUAAAACAAUACAAUUCUUUGUAAAAAAACAUUUUGUUGAAUAUACUGUAUGUUUUUACAAUGUUUAACAUUAAUCGCCUGAAGAAUGUUCAGUGCUUUUAGUUAAGUGCUGCAAGUCUGUUUUAUCUAAUCUAUUCCAGUUAUAAAUUUGUGGCAAAAUCUUCAUAGAUACUUCAGUCAGCACUGGGUAAAUGUUGCAUUGUCCUAAAUGUAUUUCAUUGACAAUAUUAUAUAGAUGUAAAUUAAAUAAAAUAAAAAAACCCUCAUGUAUACUUUUA